UGGUAGCAAAUGACAAAUCUAAAGAUCGUGAAAAUAACCACCGAGCUCUCCUCUUAGGACCAAACCCUGUCAUAGAAAAAUAACUCAACAUCCAUUUCCAUAUUCUCAAGCACCUCAUAAUGCCAGAACAAUGAUCCUCUUCUUUUAUUUUUCAAAUAAUUUUUCUAGAGUUUCAGCGACUGCCUAACACGUUAACGAGUAGCUGGCUACCUAGGUCAAUGUAGUUCUUUGUUUCUUUUCCUUUUUUCGUUUCAGAAAACAGAUUUCUCAUACUAAAAUAAACGACAGACUGGAAGACAAAUCCCCUGCCAUUUCAGCAGACAUCUCAAAGUCAACACCUUCUCCCUCCCACCGUCCCUCCAUCCAUCCCUCUCACGUAGUUGAUUCUUUAUUCUUCAAAGGAAGAAUUAUUUGAUGGGGAACUUCUGGAGUUGUUUAUCUGGUAAGUCAAAUCAAGCCAUAGCUUCAGCAGCCGGAGAUCCAGUUCUUGAACCAAUCCCAGACCCAGACCCUGCCCCUAGCACGAUUGAUAAUCUUAAAGAUGGUGGUAUAUCUUUUCUUGGUGGAACUGGAUAUAUUUCUGGCUCCAAUUGGUUCUCCAUGGCAACCACCAACUUUACUGUUUGGUUGUCUCAAGCAAGUGGUGUUCUUGCAGCUAUUUGGGGUGAGGACAAUGAGUUCUUACCUGAAAUAGAUGGUGGUUUUCUUCCAGAUGAUGGAGCUCUUCCAGAUGGUGGAAGUGCUUCAGACUUAAAGGUUAGAGCUUUCACAUUUGAUCAACUGAAAGCUGCAACUUUCAAUUUUAGAAGUGAUAUUGUGUUGGGAAAGGGAGGUUUUGGAAAUGUUUACAAGGGUUGGCUCAAGGAGAAGGUACCGUCACAGGAUACCAGGAAAUGGCCCAUUGCUGUCAAGAGAUUGGAUGCAAGCAGCAAGCAAGGAUAUCGGCAAUGGCAGGCAGAGGUUGGUUUCUUAGCAAGGCUUUCUCAUCCAAACAUCGUGAAACUAGUGGGAUACUGUCGAGAAAAGGAAGAGUAUCUAAUUGCAUAUGAAUUCAUGCAAAAAGGAAGCUUAAAUUAUCAUCUCUUUGGAAAGGGCUCAAAAAGGCUGAUUCCAUGGGAAGAAAGGGCUAAAAUUGCUACAGGAAUGGCUCAAGGCCUGAAUUACUUGCAUACAUUGGAGAAGCCAAUAAUUUUCAGAGAUUUCAAGUCCUCCAAUAUACUGCUUGAUGAGUCAUAUGCUCCAAAGAUAUCAGACUUUGGCUUGGCGAAAUGGGCUCCCGCUACCGGGGACUCCUACAUAACGGGACAAGUUGUUGGCACAAAGGGUUAUGCUGCUCCUGAGUAUGUUCGUAAUGGGAAACUGUACAUAAAAAGUGAUGUAUAUAGUUUUGGAGUUGUUUUGGUCGAGAUGCUGACAGGCCUACGGGUAAUUGAUAUAAAUCGUCCACCUGCGCAACAUAACCUAGUGAAAUGGAUCAAACCAAAACUAUCAGAAAGAAGCCAGCUGAAGCAUAUAAUGGACCCCAGGUUGGAGGGGAAGUAUCCUCCCAGACUAGCUUCAAGAAUGGCUUUAAUUGCUGUUCCUUGUCUUUGUGAUGAACCGCAAUUCCGUCCAUCGAUGAAAGAAGUGUCUGACAUGUUGGAAGGGAUAGUAAAAUCUCAAGAAACCAAGAAGAUGUAAAUUCAUUCUAGUAGGUUCCUUGUGAACCUGGCCGAUCCUUCGCUUGAACAGAGCUGGAAGGAAUAUCUCGUUGUUGCAGGUUUUGAUCCUCAUUUACAGUGAAAGAUGUCCGCUGAGGUUCUUAUGUUGUUUCCAUGUUUGGAUGCUCGAGCCCUUUUCUCCAUGCCGUUGAACAAGUUCCGGUGCAUGCUGAGAUUCAUUUUUACUUUUCACAUGUCUUUUUCCUAUAAUGCUUCUGAUAAUAUUCUGUGUCUUCCAACUUAUACCACAGUCAGAAACGAGUUCAUACCAGUCAAAUAAUUGUAUCUGUUUUCUUGUCUUUCAAGGUUUUUGCAGCUUCUGAUUC